GGACAAAACAAAAACAUAAUCAUAUUUAUAAUUAUACGUAGGAAAGUGAUUAAAAAAGUAGUAGGAGUAUGUAAUUAAAAAUAUCUAUUGUCGAAAAUAACUUGUUUGACUGCAGAAGCUCUAAAUUGGAUACCGAGUUUCAUUCCAAAUCGGGUUGCCUAUCCAAUUGAAUACGGGCCGGGUUUGUCCGGCAAAUUGUCAUCGACGGGUAGAAUGUGGGCGCUACGCGCCUCGGCCAUGGCCGGCGCCGGCGCUGCCGCGCAAGCUUUCAUCCGAAGGGCAGUUCCUUCAUCUCAUUCUCUUCGUUCAAUUAAUCUCACUAGCUUCAGAACUUCCCCUCUAAUCGCUCCCUUCACUCCCUCAGCUCUGGACAUUUGCCCCCCACCACAGGCUGCUAAGAGUAAAGCAGAUGUUCUCGUCAAUGGGGUGGGAGAUAAGGAUACGGUUGAAGAUGUCAAGAGAAUUCUUGAAAUGGCAAACCGGGCAUCAUUAAGGCGGGAAACUUUACAUACCGACUUUCUUACACCUCCUGUAUUGAAAGAAUCAAUGCUUGCUCUCGAAAAGAUUGCUGACAUCAAGAUGGUUGCCCAGGGAGGAUAUCCAGAGGCUGAGCGUUGCCGGCUAUCAGUUGGGCAUCCAGACAUAUUAACAUCUGAUCCCGACAUUGUUGCAGCACUGUGCAUCUCAGGGAAUUUCGGAUUUGAAUCCUGUACUCAUGGUGACUUCCUCGGGGCAAUUGUUGGAACUGGGAUAGUGAGGGAUAAGCUAGGAGACAUUAUAUUGCAGGGAGAAAAGGGGGCCCAAAUUCUUGUUGUUCCGGAACUAGUUGACUUCCUUAUCUCCUCAUUGGACAAGGUGAGAAAUGUUUCUGUCACCUGUAAAAAGAUACCACUGCUUGCUCUUGAAUACCAGCCACCGAGGACCAAGUCUUUGAAAACCGUGGAAGCAUCGCAACGACUUGAUGCCAUAGCCAGUGCCGGUUUCAAAAUUUCACGGUCUAAAAUGGCUGAUUUGAUCAGCAAUGGAGAUGUACGCGUCAAUUGGGCUACUGUGACAAAAAGCAACACAACUUUGAAGGCAGGAGACAUAAUCUCCGUUAGUGGUAAAGGAAGAAUAAAGGUCGGAGAAAUAAACUCAACGAGGAAGGGGAAGUUUGCAGUCGAGCUGAUUCGCUUUUUGUAAUAAGUCGGCUCUAGAGAACAAGUUCUUUCCGGCGUAGGUGAUUUUCUUCGGCGACAACAUUCUUAUUAGCAGGUGUUUAUUUUGCUAAAAGUUCUCUUCCCCUUAUUUACUUUUUCAAUCAUCUUUUCCAUAUACUUUUUCGGCUACUUUGGUACUUCACCUUCUUUGAUUUAGAGUUCCGAAUAUACUUUUUUCGAUCAUAUUUGGUGUUUAACCAGUCGAUUUUUGUGUUUCUUCAUAAAAAAAAUUUGUUUCUCAAAUCUA